AUGCCUUCUGCGUCGAACCCCAAGCAGCUGGAUGUGCCCCAGACACCGACGUGGCAGUCGAGGCUUGAAGAUGCCUGCAGAGAAUACCAAAUCAUCGCCCCCAAGUACCAGCUUUCUUCCGACAGAAGAGGCGGUCGCACGGCCUGGUCCAGCAGCGUAAUUGUCCACGGGUCGACGCACGCGGCCCGGUUCUGGUACGACGGCAAGAACAUCAACAACGCCAGGGAGGACGCGGCCGAGGUCGCCUACACCUGGCUGACGACCCCAACGAGCUCGCCGUCGUCGACAGGGUGGUAA